GGCCGCCCGCGCCCCGGCGCACUCCAGCUCGGCCAUGGAGCUGCCAGCUGUUGGCGAGCACGUCUUCGCGGUGGAGAGCAUCGAGAAGAAGCGGAUCCGCAAGGGCAGAGUGGAGUAUCUGGUGAAAUGGAGAGGCUGGUCCCCCAAAUAUAACACGUGGGAACCCGAGGAGAACAUCCUGGAUCCCCGGCUGCUGAUCGCCUUCCAGAACAGGGAGCUUGGGAUCGGCAGGGGGCCGAUUCUGUCUGGCGCUGGGUGCCCUUCACACCCCCGCUGGGCCACUUGGGAACGACAGGAGCAGCUGAUGGGAUAUCGGAAGAGAGGGCCGAAGCCCAAACCGCUGGUAGUGCAGGUACCUACCUUUGCCCGUCGCUCCAAUGUGCUGACCGGACUCCAGGACUCCUCUGCUGACAACCGCACCAAACUGGAGCUGGGCGCUCAGGGCAAGGGCCAGGGGCACCAGUACGAGCUCAACAGCAAGAAGCACCACCAGUACCAGCCGCACAGCAAGGAGCGGGCGGGCAAGCCCCCACCGCCGGGCAAGAGCGGCAAGUACUACUACCAGCUCAACAGCAAGAAGCACCACCCCUACCAGCCCGAUCCCAAGAUGUACGACCUGCAGUACCAGGGCGGCCACAAGGAGGCGCCCAGCCCCACCUGCCCGGACCUGGGCGCCAAGAGCCACCAGCCCGACAAGUGGGCCCACGGAGCGGGGGCCAAGGGCUACCUGGGAGCUGUGAAGCCCCUGGCCGGUGCGGCUGGGGCUCCAGGCAAGGGCUCUGAGAAGGGCCCCCCCAAUGGGAUGACGCCGGCCCCCAAGGAGGCGGUGACGGGCAACGGGAUUGGGGGCAAGAUGAAGAUCGUCAAAAACAAGAACAAGAACGGACGCAUCGUGAUCGUGAUGAGCAAGUACAUGGAGAAUGGCAUGCAGGCGGUGAAGAUCAAGUCCGGUGAGGCGGCCGAGGGUGAGGCGCGCUCCCCCAGCCACAAGAAGCGGGUCGCCGAGGAGCGCCACCCGCCAGCCGACAGGACUUUCAAAAAGGCAGCGGGGGCAGAGGAGAAGAAGGUGGAGGCGCCCUCCAAGAGGAGGGAGGAGGAGGCUCCGGGGGCCGUGGACCCGCAGCCCCAGGACGCCGGCUCCCACAAGCCUUCCCCGACCAAGGAAGCCUUCGGCGAGCAGCCCCUGCAGCUCACCACCAAGCCCGACCUGCUGGCCUGGGACCCAGCCCGGAGCACGCACCCGCCCUCCCACCACCACCACCACCACCACCAUCACCACCACCACACCGUCGGCCUAAAUCUCUCCCAUGCCCGCAAGCGCUGCCUCUCGGAGACCCACGGUGAGCGUGAGCCCUGCAAGAAGCGCCUGACGGCGCGCAGCAUCAGCACCCCCACCUGCCUGGGGGGCAGCCCGGCCGCCGAGCGCCCCGCCGACGUGCCCCCCCCCACCGCCCUCCCUCAGCCCGAGGUCAUCCUGCUGGACUCUGAUCUGGACGAGCCCAUAGACUUGCGCUGUGUCAAGACUCGCGGCGAGGCCGGGGAGCCGCCCAGCGCUCUCCAAGUGAAGCCUGAGGCGCCUGCGGCGGCGGCGGCGGCGGCCGUGGUGGCAGCUGCGCCGGUGACAGCGGCUGAGAAGCCUCCGGCUGAGGCCCAGGACGAGCCCGAGGAGCCGCUGAACGAGUUCAAGCCCUUCUUUGGGAAUAUAAUUAUCACCGACGUCACCGCGAACUGUCUCACCGUCACUUUCAAGGAGUAUGUGACGGUGUAGCCGGAGGGUGAAGGGGAAGCGCCAUCCCAGCGGGGGGCUUAGCACCGGGGGCCAGCGGGCGGAGUCCUCCUCUGGCCGACUGCGGGAGAUCCGGGCCGGCCCCCAGGGCGAGGAUGCCCGAAGCCGCAGUGCUUUGGGCUGUGGGAUCCUGGCUGCGGUGCCUGGCCCGCCCCCGCCCCGCACUGGCUCCUCGCACACGUGCCUGCGGGUCUCGCCCCCGACCUGCCCCAUCCCCGCGCAGGACGAGAGCUGUGUCCCUCCCCUCCCUCGUGGACCUCCGGGACUGACAGGGCAGCCACGCGCGGCGGUCUCAGAGUUAUAGUAUUAUAUUUUAACCGUGCUAACUUGUCAAGUGCAGACUUUACUCCCGUUUGUACGUGGUGUUAUUAUUGAAAUGUAUUGUUUGAGCUCAGAAGGCCCGACCACCCCCCUUCGGGCUGAUAUAUAUAUAUUUAUUUGUAGGUAUUUAUAUAUUGAAAUAUAAAAACCUAGAUUUAUGGAGUUUCCUCUAGAUCAUGUUAUAUUCUAUAUCAGACAAACUAUUUUCUGUUUACCUUUUCUCCCGUUCAUUCAGUAUUUCGGUUGAUUUCAUUUCCUCCCCUUCCAGGAACUGCAAUACCGGUAACCUUGGUAUAUAUUUUUUGAUACUGUACACAUGGAUGUGUUGUUUCUAUGUGCAAAAAAAAAAAAAAGUUUGUUAAAAAGCUAAACGAGCUCUCUAGAAACUGCUGCUACUAGAAAUGUCUAAACUAUAAGCUUCCAAUUAUUACCUGCUUGAAUGUAAAUAUUAAAUGGAGAUGUUGAAAGUGCA